AUGGCUGAAACGGGCGGGGGAGGGUGCCGGGCUCUCGUCACUUCUCUUGGCUCCCUCUCUUUUGGUUAUCUUUGGUCCUCUUUGGCAUCCGUCCGUCUCUCACUGGAGACUGGCUGUGUUCAGGUCGGCCCCGUUGCCCCGUCCACGGGCGGAUUUGGCAGGGCACUUGGUGCGAACUUGGUGGACAGCACUGGCCAGCGCGGACGGCAGGGACAAACGGCACCAAUGGCAUUGACCAGUUCGCUGGUGAGACUGGUGGUGCAGGUGCAGCUUCCCAGGUGGGGCACAGGCGCACUACGUAUCGCCAAGGACAGGGGUCUCGCCCACCUGCUCGCUUCUCCUUGGCCAGCCAAACGACUUUGGUGUCCACCGGUCUCUGCGUUCAUCCAGACUCUGCCCAAAAUCGUCCCAUGCUCACAAUUUUGCCAUGUUUUUGCUGUUGUCUCCAGAGAGCUCUGCACCAUUGUCCACUGA